GGCCGAGGGCGGGCCUUUUUGCUUUCUUAAACAAAACACAGAUUCCCAGUUGGAAUUUCGUUGUUUCUUUAAUUACAUUACAGAUUUACAGUAGUCUGUCUAUAUAUAUUAAUCCCUUUAUCUUCCUCAACUCCCCACCUACUUCCAACCUGCUGCAUUUCCUUCUAUUAUUAAAAGAGUGUUGGAUAUUUGCAGGAAGCAUCGGUUUCAUCCAUGGCGAGAGUAGUAGCAGAGGAUACAUCGUUGCCCGUGUCACGCGCCGAAACAUGCGCAUCGCCAACUCUUGCCCAGCUUCUGAAAUGUGUCAGCGACGUGCGGAAGGAAGUCACUGGGGACGAGACUCCAGUGCACCAUGUCGUAGAUGUUAGCAGCAGCAGCAGCAUCGACACCAGGCCGCUUCCUUUCCUUCUUUCUUUCAGCCAUCUCACUUACAGCGUGAGAGUUACCAGCAAAGUCGGUUUACCCAGCUUCUUCUGCCGACGGGCUGCUGAUCCGGUUUCUGGAGAGACCCUUUCCUCAGGUACGAAAACUAUACUCAGCGACAUUUCCGGGGAGGCGCGUGAUGGUGAAAUCAUGGCGGUGAUGGGUGCCUCUGGCUCGGGAAAAUCGACCCUCAUUGAUGCUCUGGCCAACCGCAUGGCGAAAGGAAGCGUAAAGGGCUCCGUCAAACUCAACGGCGAGGAGUUAGAAUCUCGAUUACUCAAGGUUAUAUCUGCGUACGUAAUGCAAGACGAUCUUCUGUUCCCAAUGCUUACUGUGGAAGAAACACUAAUGUUCGCGGCGGAGUUCAGGUUGCCAAGAACCCUUUCCAAGUCCAAGAAGAAACUCAGAGUGCAAGCCCUGAUCGACCAACUCGGGUUGAGAAACGCCACCAAGACUGUUAUCGGGGACGAGGGCCACCGCGGUGUCUCCGGUGGAGAGAGGCGGCGGGUGUCGAUCGGAAUCGAUAUAAUUCACGACCCCAUCUUGUUGUUUCUGGACGAACCCACGUCGGGCCUGGAUUCAACCAGUGCAUACAUGGUGGUGAAGGUACUGCAGAGGAUUGCACAAAGUGGAAGUAUAGUUAUCAUGUCCAUACACCAACCUAGUUAUCGAAUUAUGGGAUUAUUGGAUCGCAUGAUCUUUCUGUCCCGUGGGAAGACUGUCUACAGUGGCCCUCCAUCCAAUUUGCCCCUCUUUUUCUCAGACUUUGGGCACCCUAUCCCCGACAAUGAGAAUCGGACUGAGUUCACCCUGGAUCUAAUCCGUGAACUCGAAGGCUCAUCAGGCGGGACUAAAAGCCUGGUGGAAUUCAACAAAUCUUGGCAGGCAUUAGAGAGAGGCAAUCAAAUCAAUUCCCCGGCAGCAAAUGGCUCAAAUUUGUCCCUGAAAGAAGCCAUAAGUGCCAGCAUUUCAAGAGGAAAGCUAGUAUCGGGGGCUGCGCCCUCCAACAGCUCUACAUCAAUGAUUCCCACAUUCACAAACCCGUCAUGGUUUGAAUUUGCAGUAUUGUCCAAAAGAUCAUUCACCAAUUCCCGUCGGAUGCCGGAGCUUUUCGGCGUGCGACUGGCCACAGUAUUGGUGACUGGAUUUAUUUUAGCUACCAUGUUUUGGAGGCUCGAUAACUCGCCCAAAGGGAUUCAAGAAAGGCUUGGAUUCUUCGCCUUCGCUAUGUCAACAACAUUCUACACCUGUGCCGAUGCGUUGCCAGUUUUCCUUCAAGAAAGGUACAUUUUCAUGAGGGAAACUGCUUAUAAUGCCUACAGAAGAUCGUCCUAUGUUUUGUCACACUCGCUAGUGUCUCUGCCAGCGCUCUUAUUCCUGUCGUUGGCGUUUGCUGCCAUCACCUUCUGGCCUGUGGGCCUCGAUGGCAGCUUCCUCUUCUAUUUCUUGAUCAUUUUGGCUUCUUUCUGGGCCGGGAGCUCCUUCGUGACCUUCCUCUCCGGUGUCGUGCCACACGUGAUGCUUGGAUACGUAAUCGUGGUUGCGAUUCUUGCUUACUUUUUGCUCUUCAGUGGCUUCUUUCCGGGAAUAUUCGACGGGACGCCGUUGGGGGCGGUGCCGGAUGCUUUGAAGCUGAAAAUUCUAGAGAGCAUGAGCAGCAGCUUGGGGAUGAAGAUAACGAGCGGAACAUGCGUGAUGACUGGAGCGGAUAUACUGAAGCAGCAGGUGGUCACUGAUCUUAGCAAGUGGAGUUGUUUGUGGGUGACUCUGGCGUGGGGUUUCUUCUUCAGGUCUUCAGCUUUUUUGCUGUCGGGAAAAUUGUCAUGCUCCAUUGGCUUGAGAACCUUGAAGAGUUGUAUUCACAAUCUCCACUAUGAACUACGAAGCUGCCCACGUAGUAGCAGAUUGAUGGAAGUAGGUGUAGCCACUGGGUCGAAAGCUGGAUCGAGGGCAUUGUCCCUGCUACGACUUGCUCUUGCAAAUGGAAUGGUAGAACUUGCUGCAACAAGUAGGGAAGUAUUUCCUUAA